AUGCCGGGAGAACGAAAUCCACCGCCGCAGGAGUUGGUGCACCACCAGCUCCGUUCUCUAGACGACCCAAUCGAGCAAUACUUGGGUAGUUUUGGGUGGAAACAGUUUUUCCAAUCCACCUUAGUCUCGUUUGCAUGGUUUUUCGACGCGCAACAAACUUUCAUCGCUGUUUUUACCGAUAAGAAGCCUAAAUGGAGCUGCACGAACCACAACAAUACUAGCUUUCCAUGCGAAAACACGACUAAUCUUGACUUGUUGUGCAAGCUGGAAUCUGCCGUGCACGCGUCCACUGUAUCCGAGUGGUCCCUCCUAUGCGCUAGCCCCUUCACGAGAGGCCUGCCUUCGUCGUCCUUCUUGUUGGGCUGCCUUGUUGGCGGGCUCGUGCUUUCCACUCUCGCGGACUCGAAAAUGGGCCGCAAAAACAUGUUGAUCCUAUCCUCCUUAAUCAUGUCUGUAUUCGGGGGCCUGACUGCAAUUUCUAGAAACAUUUGGAUGUACGCCGGAUUCCGAUUCCUAAGCGGGUUCGGACGGUCCACGGUCGGGACGUGCGCGUUCGUCCUCGCGAGCGAAAUGGUCGGGAAAAAGUGGAGGGGCAAAAUCGGGAUAAUGGGUUUUUCGUUUUUCACGUUAGGGUUCUUGUCACUCCCCCUCGUAGCUUUUCUACUGAGAGGAUCCUCUUGGAGGUUAAUUUAUCUCUACACGAGUUGUCCGUGUGUUUUUUACUCUCUGCUAGUGUAUAUAUUCGCCCACGAAUCUCCGAGAUGGCUUUUCGUCAAGGGAAGAAGAGAAGAAUUUACGAAAACUAUCGCAAACUUAACGAACGCCACUUCUCCCGGAGAAUGUCGUGUGGAGUGGACGGAAAAAGUUACGGAUGACAGUAAUAGUAAUAAUCCCUUUUAUUCCGCGCUAAAGAUGUUAGUUAGUAAAAAAUGGGCCUCAAAGCGUCUACUAGCAUUGAUGAUUGUGGCUUUUGGCAACGGCAUGGCCUACUUCGGAAGCCCAUUGGGCCUCGAUGGCUUGCCCUUCAACCUCUACAUGAGCGUCACGUUAAAUGCGGUGUUCGAGUUGUUGGCCGCGUGGAUCAUGGUUUUCGUGAUAGGGAAGUUGAAAAGGAAAAAUUGGUUGGUCGGGUUAUCUUUGUUUAGUGGGGUUUGUGGCGUGGUGGGCGUUUUCGUACGAUUGAAUGGAAUUCGGAUAGGUUCGGAAUUGGUGUAUUUUUUUAGUAUAUGCAUGGCGUACGAUGUUUACAUGAUCUACGCUUCGGAGCUGUUCCCAACGUGCGUUAGGAACUCGGCAUUGUCGAUGGUGAGGGAAGCGGGCUAUCUCGGUGGGCUUUUGGGCCCGAUGCUCGUGGCAUUUGGGAGAAGGGUAAAUGGGCUGUUGUGCUAUGCCGUGUUUGGGUCAACCGUAUCGUUGACCGCAUUGUUUGCGGUCCUUCUGUCCGAGACUAACGGGAGGACGUUAAGUGAUACAAUGGAGGAAGAAGAGGAAAACGAGUACGUACGGUGA